ACUUAACUGAAAACACUGCACAAAGCCAGUAUCAAAAGGGGGAAGUGCUACCUUCUUCUCUGCCACAUCCUCUUAUUUGUGCUUAUCUUCCGUUCUUCCACCGACCCAGUGACAUGUUAUUUUCUAACGGUUUGAAAUUGAGUCCAGUCAGACAUUUUUUGUUGAUAGAAUUCACAAGAGGCUCUAUUCAGAUUGAGUGCAGCCCUCCACUUCUUCUGUCGCUGUUUUGACAGGAGUUGACAUCAGUUAAGGAAUUCAGUUCAGCUGAACUCAUCAAAUUCUGUGUCAAGUCGCUCAGAGUGCUGAAGUACUUCUCCUCACAGUUGACUCCUCUGCAGGCUUUUUUUGUUGACAAGUUGUGAAUAUCUCACAUUGAGGAGAAGGUGAGAAGCGAUGGAGACUGAUGGAGAGUGUCGCGAAGAGGAUGGCACCGAGUCUUUUCAGGCAGAGAAGCAGAGGCUCAUUCAGCCAGCGUCUUUAAAGGACCCCAAACUGGAGAAGUUAAAGGAGACAUUGAUUUAUUGGAUCAAUAGCACUUUGAAAGUGGAGCACAUAGUGGUUCAAAGUCUGGAGGAGGAUCUGUAUGAUGGACUAGUGCUUCAUCACCUGCUGUCCAGGUUGGCCGGUGUGCACUUGUCUGUGGAGGAGAUGGCACUGACAAGCACUGCUCAGAUCCACAAGCUGGAAGUGAUCCUAGAGGAGUUGGACAAAAGGCUGGGCCAGGGGGACAGCAGCCGGAUCAAGUGGAACGUCAAACUCAUCCACAACAAAGACCUCCUGGCCACUAUUCAUCUGCUGGUUGCCAUGGUGAGAUGUUUCCAGCCUGAACUGGCUUUGCCUCCGAACGUGAAGGUUGAAGUUGUAGUUGUGGAAGUCAGCCAAAGUGGAAUCAAAUCAGAAAUACAGACGGAGGUCCUGACUGAGGAACGGGAUGCAGGCUCAGACUCCCCCAGCAAUACCAAGAGGGAAGAUCCCAUCGAGCAGCUGCUGAAGCUUGAGGCUCACAAGGUCAACACGGUGAAGCAGGCCAUCCUACACUUUGUCAACCAGAACAUGUCAACUAUGGGUUUGCAGGUGGCCGAUUUGGACAAACAGUUUGCUGACGGCGUGAUUCUGCUGCUGCUGAUUGGACAGCUGGAAGGCUUCUUCAUCCCUCUCUAUGACUUCAUUCUGACUCCUGUCAAUUCCUCUGAGAUGCUUCGCAAUGUGACCUUGGCCCUGGACCUCCUUAAUGACUCGGGUCUUCAAGUGUCCAGCGUUGAACCACAGGAUAUCGUCUCUCAGGACAUCACUGCCACCUUGAAGGUCCUGUACGCCCUCUUCAGGAAGCACAGUGGGAAGUGAGAGAUGAGGGAAGAGGAGCGCGACAACCAGAGCCAGAAACGUAGCUGAAGACAGAUGGAGUUUUUGGUCAGCUUGUCCUUUCUUGAGUCUCUAAACUGUUGCAAAUUGUGUACAUUUAUUUAAAGGGUUCGGCUGACUGCUUUUAGACUUGGUGAUUCUCUCAAGGUAACGUAAAGUAGAAGUGCAUGAAGCUUAACAAGCCACACCUACGGUACUCAUUGGGGUCUAAGGGCCUCGUCAGACCAGAACUUAUGACAACAAAGUUCUGGAGCAAAAUGAACUGAAUUCAGUUAAAUUCCGUGCAGCAUAAUUGUAUUGACUUUGACAUGUGAAUUUGUGCUUUCCUACACUGAUAGAGUAUAAACUUUGCUUUGGUUUGCAUUCAGUUGUAAAGCAAAAGUUUAUUGUGUCAAUAAAUCUUAUAAAUAAA